CGCACAUGCUCAUUCCUCAGUGAAGUCUCAUUACUGCACGUGUUCCGUUGCUGCUGGUGUUUUGAAUUUGUCUCUAAAGAAAUCACUCGUUAUUCAGAAUGGGUAAAGCGAAAAAAGUUAAAGUGUCCUCCUCCAUGCGGACAGGUCCACCGAAGAAGCAAGUGCAUACUACUUUAGCUGAGGCUAUUGAGUCAGCGUUGCUAGCUAAACCGAAAAAUAGAAACAAAACUAGAGUACGCCAGGACAAAGACGAACAGUAUUUAGAAUCCAAGAUAUCUCAAAAAAUUCUAAAUCUAUCCAAUAAACAAAGGCAAGAAGAAGAAGGAGAAGGAGAUAGUGAAGCAGAAGGUGCUCUCCAAGCUUCUGCUCCAGUACCAACAAGAAGUUUAGGUCCUGUGCUUAGUGAUGAAGAAGAAAACAAUGACAGUGAUGAUGGACUUUCUGCUAUUGAUGAUUACGAAGAGAUUAAAUUGGAUGAACAGGAUGAAAAGGAUAUUUUUAGAUUUAUGACAAAUCCAAAGGAAAUUGGAGGUAAUCGCUUUAGAGAGAUAAUUAAUGGAAAGAGGCAGGAAAUUGAAACGCAGUUUGAUGGUGCUCAAAGCGUCGCUAUGCAAGAAUUGGAUCCAAAGGUCAAGAAAUUGUACGAAGAUGUUGGAAAAGUUUUGUCAAAGUACAGAAGUGGAAAGAUUCCAAAACCCUUCAAAGCAGUCCCAAGUUUCAGAAAUUGGGAGCAAAUUAUGUAUGUGACAGACCCCGAUCAUUGGACUGCAGCUGCCGUGUACCAAGCUACCAGACUCUUUGCAUCUAAUAUGAAGGAAAAUAUGGCACAAAGAUUUUAUAAUCUAGUAUUGUUACCUCGUUUGAGAGAUGACAUGCAAGAAUACAAGAGAUUGAAUUUCCAUCUUUAUCAAGCUCUGAGAAAGGCCUUGUACAAGCCAGGUGCAUUCAUGAAGGGAAUUCUGCUUCCACUUUUAGAGAGUGGCAAUUGCACGUUGAGAGAGGCUUUGAUCGUGGGAUCCGUUGUAGCCAAGAACAGUAUCCCCAUCUUACAUUCAGCUACAGCGCUUUUAAAAAUCGCUGAAAUGGAGUAUAACGGUGCCAACAGUAUAUUUUUGAGAAUACUCUUCGAUAAGAAAUAUGCGCUACCUUAUCGAGUAAUCGAUGGAUGCGUAUUUCAUUUUGUGCAAUUCGAAAGAGAUCCCAGAGAAAUGCCAGUGCUGUGGCACCAGGCACUGCUGACUUUUGUGCAGCGAUACAAGAACAACAUAAGCGACGAGCAGAAAGAGGCUCUGCUGCAAUUGAUCAAGAAGAAGAAUCAUCACGUGUUAUCCGCAGAGAUCAGGAGAGAAUUGCAUUCCGCCAAAGGCGAGUCAGAAAUGGCUAUGGAAGAGUAAAUGCUUAGAGUACGUUUUAUUAAUAUGUUAAUUAAUUGUUAAGCGAUCGCUAGCCGUGUAAGUAUGUAAUGAUUUGAAAGAAAAUAUAAUAAAAUUGUA